AAAACCAGGCCAGGAAAACCUCUCACCUCACAAACAAGUCCCCCAACUCUCCAAGUCCAACCCCACGACCAUGGCGACCAAGCAGAGCCUCCUCGCCGCCGCAGCCGUCUGUCUCCUCCUCCUCCUCCCCCUCCCGGCAGCCUACGCCGUCACCGAUGUCGAGUACUGCAAUAAGGGCAAAAACUACCCGGUGAAGGUGAGCGGCGUGGAGAUCGUGCCUGAUCCGGUCGAGCGCGGCGUGCCGGCCACCUUCAAGAUCUCCGCUACAACAGAUAAAAACAUCACCGAGGGGAAGCUGGUUAUUGAUGUUAAAUAUUGGAUCUUCAAUGUUUACUCUGAAACGGAUGACAUCUGUACGAAGACCCAAUGCCCGGCAACUUCUGAUUUUGAGCUAUCUCACUCGCAAACCUUACCAUCAAUCACUCCACCAGGUUCUUACACCAUUCAGAUGAAGAUGCUCGGAAAGCACGAUGAGGAAUUGAGCUGCAUCUCCUUCGGGUUCAACAUUGGCUUCCUUGCGCCGGUUGCCUUGAGUUGAAGGCAUGCACGGGUUGCAUGCGGAACUACACACUUGUGGAUUGUAACUCUAGAAACCUCUUUAUCCUAGUAUAUGUUUUCUGUGUAACACUCGUCGGUGCCGCAACACUUUGUGUUCGACUAAGAAGUUUUUAUCAAGAGUUGAACAUCACAAUAAAAUGAAAAUCUGGUGUAAUGAGACAUGGAACCGUGUUAGUUUCUGAGAACAUCAGCUCUGGGCGCUCAGAGAAAAUUCUGUAUUAGUUACUAGUAGUACAUUUUAUGUUGUCUUCUUCAAGAAUUAUGUCGGUUGUUGCAGUACCAGGCGACUGAACACUCA